AUGAUGUCAACAGAUCCUACGAAAGAGCAUAGUAGUACUAUGUAUCAAAUAAAAAUCAGUGAUAAUUGGUUACUUGCCAAACAUGAUAUAACUGUAAAUUUAUCAACCUUUUCUCAAUGCAUGUGUUUGGGAGAUAUUUUUGAUUCGUCUACCAAUGAACUUAUCAUUGCUGAUUUUAGUCAGUACUUUAAAGAUAUUCAUUUGAAUUCAAAAAAGUUUGAAUUCAAAAUUAAAACAUUUAAAGGGACUAAACUCAUCAAUGAAGUAUUACAUCAUGAAGCUCCUUCUGGAAUUAUUGCAUUUAAGUGUAAAGGGAAUGAUAAAACUUGUUUAG